UGUGAUUCAAAUUCAGUUUUUGUCAAGUUUUCAAAUUUUGCGGUAAUAAAAAGCAGGUAAGUAUAAAUAAUGAAAUUGUUUAUGAAUUAUUAGCUUGCGAGUAAUUUUUUAUUUUAAAAUUUUAGACAAAUAGAAACUGUCAGCAGCAAUCAAUGGAGAGUACUCAAAAUAAAGAAAAAAAUGUUUUUAAAACUCAUAAUAAUAAGAAACCAUCUGGUGCUCAAUACAGAAAACGUAAAGCAGAAAAAGUUGAUAAUUUGAAGAAAAAUUAUAAAAAACUUGAAAAUUAUUUUACAUCGGAAAAUAGUGAUUGUAAUAAAAUAAAGGAAGGAGAAAAUGUUGCGCAUGUACUUAGUGAUACAUCAACCAGCGAUGAAGAAGACGGAAUAGUGUCAGUUGGAAAUGUUCACUACGAUGAAAAAGAUAUCGAUAACGAAAAUGAUGAUGGCCAAGAUGGUGAUGUAAAUGAUCGCACCAAAGAAACAGCAAUCGAUUACUCAGACUGUGGUAUGUGGCCAAUUCAUCGCAACAUUCAAUUUGUUGAUUAUGUAAUUAAUAUAGGUGCAAUACAAGUUAAUUUGGACACAUAUCCACGCGAUAAUAGAAGACGACAUUUUUCAAAUGCUUAUUACAACCGAAAACUUUCAAAUGGUGAGAUUAUUUCACGACGUUGGCUUGUGUACUCAGUUUAUAAAGAUGCGGUAUUUUGUUUUUGCUGCAAACUUUUUGAUUUCAACAUGAAUUUAAAGUUAAACGGAAAUGGAUUCAAUAAAUGGAAGAAUUUAACAGAAGCAUUAAAAAUUCACAAAAAUAGUAAGUCACACAGAAUUGCUUAUCAACUAUGGAUUGAGACAGAAAUACGAAUGAAAGCUGGUGAAACUAUUGAUAAACAAGAACAAAAACUAAUCGAAAAGGACAGUUUAAGGUGGCGAAGUGUUCUUGAACGAUUGAUGAACAUUACUUUAUACUUGGCAACAAAUAAUAUGGCCUUCAGAGGUUCUUCUGAUAAAUUGUAUGCAGUUAAUAACGGCAAAUUUUUAGGAUUGGUACAAUUACUCGCUAAAUUUGAUCCUAUCAUGUUAAACCACGUCACGCUAGCUCUUAAAGGAGAUAUUUCUGAUCAUUACUGUGGAAAAACCAUUCAAAAUGAAAUGAUAGAUGUAAUGGCAUCAAAAGUAACCAACAUAAUUAUAUCCAAAGCUCUAAAAAGUACAUAUUAUUCUAUUAUUGCUGACUGCACUCCUGACGUAUCUCACAAAGAACAACUCUCGCUUACGAUUAGAAUUGUAAAUAUAUCAGAAUAUCCUAUAAAAAUAAAUGAACACUUUCUAGGGUUUUUCAAUGUUAACAACACGACAGGUCUUGGUUUAACAGAAAUCAUAAUUGGAGCUUUAAAAGAUUUUGGACUGAAUAUAAGCUUUUGUCGAGGGCAAGGUUACGAUAACGGUGCAAAUAUGAAAGGUAAAAAAAUAGGUCUACAAAAGCGAAUAUUAGAUUUGAAUCCUUUGGCUUUUUACCUUCCAUGUGGAAGUCAUUCUCUCAAUUUGGUUAUUUGUGACGCAGCGCAGUCUUCACUAAAUUCCAUUAACGUUUUUGGCAUAAUACAAAGAUUAUUCACAUUAUUUUCUGCAUCAACUUCACGCUGGAAUGUUUUACUUAGUCAUACAACAAACUUCACUCUUAAACGAUUAUGCGAGACUCGUUGGGAAGCCAAAAUUGAGAGCCUCAAAGCCAUUCGAUACCAAAUAAGCAGCGUACAUGAUGCUUUAAUUACUAUAUAUGAAACUGAAACCAAAACUCCCGAUAUUGCACACGAAGCGCAAACAUUAGCAGAACAAUUAAAAGACUAUAGUUUUUUAGUUUUUUUAAUUGCAUGGUACAAUGUACUAUUCCAAAUAAACGUUGUUAGUAAAGCAAUGCAAGCCAAAGACAUGGAUUUAGUACAGUGCGCUGAAAUGUUGAAAAAAUGCAUCACAUUUUUGGAAAAUUACAGAACGUUUGGCUUUAAACAAGCAACGGUUGAUGCCAAAGAGUUAGCUGAAGAGUUGAACAUCGAUGCAAUAUUUAAGCCGCUUAAAAGAGUGCGACGAGUGAAACGUCAUUAUGAUGAAAAUGCUUUUGACGAACCAAUUCAAAAUCCCGAGAAAAAACUUGAAGUGACAUUUUUUAACCCUUUAUUAGAUACAUGUCUGUCGUCAAUAAAUGAAAGAUUUGAACAACUUAACGAAUAUGUAAAUAUAUGGAGUUUUUUAUUUAAUUUGGAUAAUUUGCCCAUCAAGAAUGAACUUUUAAAAUUGUGUAAACAAUUACAAGAAAAAUUAACUGUAAAUACAAAAUCAGAAAUCGAUGGUGCUUUGCUAUGCGACGAACUAAUAAGUGUGCAGUUUUUUAUAAAAGAUAAAUUAAGCAAUGUUGAAAAUGAAAUAAAUACAAAAGAGAUGACACCACUUUUUGUACUGAAUCUUAUUAAAAAACAUUGUCUACAAGAGUUAUAUUCAAAUACAUGAAUUGUUCUGCGCAUUCUUUUUACAAUACCUGUUACUGUUGCUAGUGGAGAACGUAGUUUUUCUAAACUGAAGUUAAUCAAAACAUAUUUAAGAAAUACCAUGUUGCAAGAUCGACUUAAUUCUCUAUCUAUGUUAUCAAUCGAGCAAGAUAUAGCUGAAAAUUUAGAUUUUUCUAGUUUGAUAAGAGAUUUCGCGGACAAAAAAGCUAGAAAAGUUAGAUUUUAAAAUUUAAUAACUCUUGCUUAUAUAGUUAGAGGAUUUAUUAUAUGUUUAAUAAAAACAUUUGUUAUUUUUAAAGCAGCGUUGCGUUGUCUAUUUAUUUAGUCACUCAUUUCUAUAAACCCAUAUCAUGAAAAGUCUAAGUUUACAAUUUUAAUAAAAAAUUAAUUAAAUAAGAAACUUGAUGCACAAUAUGGAUCUCUUUGCAUUAAACUAUAUAUUCCCUUUAGCACUCUUGUUCAUCAUUUUAGAGCAUUGGUCUCGUUGUUAAUGGUAACAACCUACCCAUAUAUACCUAGGGGCGCGUUCACCCAGUUUUGCCCAACCUGUCAAAAAAGCUAAGG